CGUCGUCCAUGUGCUAAGAAGCUGAAACAUCAACACAACCGUAGUAGCGGCAAGCGGCGCAGAAAGCUCCCAGCAUCCGCCAUCCGCCGGCUGGUCCGACCCUCGCCAAGCAUCGUCAUUCGCGGCGCCGCCUUUUAAGCAGACGCUACUCCAUCUGCGGCCUUCCCUUCACUUUGCCUCAGCCUCAGCGCAACCCCUUCGGAUGGGACGAUUUGGCUGCACGGCGCAAAGUAGAACAAAAUGCGACAGUAAAUCAUCCCGGUUCGCACACACGCUGUCGCACCGCUCAAAGUGAAGAAGAUUAACCACGAGGGAAAGAGAGCCUCCUCCAGUGGGGCGCCGUGGUUAACCGUAGUGGCACGAGUAGAAUUAAGCUUCUAGUGAUAAGACCCCUCACACACGCGUUCCGAUUGCUUGUACAUUCCGGCCGCGGCGCUAGUAGUGAGUUGGUCAUUCUGUUCAUAGCUCUGCCGGCCGUUUAAUCGCCGGGUGACAAAAUGCCGUUCUCUAGCAGCUUACACAAGGUUAUCAAGUAUCCCCGGGCCGCCAUCCGGACCAUUCUGGUGGUGGUGAACAACAUCUACUGCGUACCGACGUACUUGGUGUGGAUGUUUUUGCUGUUGCCGCUCAAAAAGAUACACCGAUGCUACUACUACCGCAUCGAGGGCAUCCUGUUCCACUGGCUGCUGGCGAACGUGUCCAUGUGGUCGUGGUCUGCCGGCUACGAAGUUGUCGAAAUGGGCGACGACAUUACGAUGGCGUUCGAUCGGCGCACGUUGGUGCUGGCCAACCACCAGAGCACCUCGGACGUGCCGCUCCUAAUGGCGGCCUUUAACGCAAAGAAGGGUAUUCUACCGAACAUCAUGUGGAUCAUGGACCGGCUGUUCAAAUACACCAACUUUGGUGCCGUCAGUCUCGUCCAUCAGGAUUUCUUCAUCGCUUCGGGCAAAAAUAAUCGCGAUAAGUCACUGCAGCAGCUGAAAUCACAUAUACAAAAGUGCUACAUACCGCGGAAACGGAAGUGGAUGGUCCUGUUUCCCGAAGGCGGUUUUCUUCGGAAACGGAAGGAAGUCAGCCAAAGAUUUGCAGAGAAAAACAAUCUACCAGUAUUAAACAACGUCACAUUGCCACGCGUCGGUGCUAUGAAAGCGAUCAUGGAUAUGCUGGGUGCGUCGGACAUCACCGGUGGCACCGCUUCCGGUGCGGCUCAGGAUGCAGCGAAACAAUCGGAGAGCAACAGCACUAUCAUCCCUAGCGAAGCGAUAGAUCAGGACGACGAUGAUGACUGUGGUAAUGAGGGGCGAGUGGCUGCAACUGGAGAAAGAACCGCUUCUGACUCUACCACUGUUGCCACUGUCCCGCUUUCCUUAGAUAAUUGUAAGGAAGCUUCGUACGCCAUGCUGAACGGGCAGUCCGGUGGGUGCUUGGAGUACAUACUGGACAUUACGAUUGCGUACCCGCAAGGCGUACCGCUAGAUUUACCAAACAUUGUGCACGGGAUGCGUGACUCAUGUCAGACGUUUUUAUUCUACAAACUUUACCAUAGUUCCGAGGUUCCUCACGAAAGCGAACACCUCACCCAGUGGCUGUACAAUCGGUUUUACGAGAAGGAAAAGCUGCUGGAAGAAUUCUACCGCACCGCGGCGUGGCCAGCGACCUGCACCAUUCCGCCGACAGUGGUCCAUCAGGAUUUGCUUCGGUUUCUGCUUAUCCAUCUGUUUUUCAUCACAUCGACCUACGUUCACGUGCAGCUGAUGUUGAUGCUGGUCAACUACACCAACACUAUGUACGUCUAUUUGCUAAGCUAAAUACCGGCGCCUAGAACCGCUGCUGCUGCUUCGUUCUUUCCGUUCUCUCUAAUCUCGCGCAGUUCUGUCGAAUGCUGGGCACACCGGUUCUCGCCCGUGUGCGCGGCUUGUUUCUAAUGAAAAUAACAAAACCAAAUUACAAGUGAAAAAGACACAAAAAAGAAACCAACCAAGGUUGGUGGUCAGCGUUAAUUGCUAAUCUAUUAGUCAACUCCCCUGCGUUCCCAGCUGAUUACCCGUUACCCGUUACUCUGUAAGGUUAAGUCGUGUGGAGUGGAGUUAGUGGAGCACCCCGGGUUUUAAGGCAAAGCAUCUUUGCAGCCGAUCGGUCAUCGGCGCGUGCGUAAAUGGGGGCAUGCCAUUUUUCAUCCCCUUGUUACCAAAGUGUCCCGCGUUCGUGAACGAGCUGAAAGCCCGUACGGCAGAUUAUGAAUAUACGUUCUACUUUGCUACUUUCUGCAACCGCGGCAUCUGUCCGUCGCCCUAGAGCUUGGUGCCCACGUGAGCACGUGACCGUUAAAUUGUGUUUGAAACGCACACAAGGAGUAAAUGGAAUGACGAUUAUUAAAGGCACAAAAAAGACACGGGGAAACGGAACUGCAACUACUUUAGUAGACAGUAAGUUAGGAAAAAGGUAAGAAAAAAACAUAAAAACAAAUCGACCCCCCCAAUCGUGUGUAUUGCUGUGUAAAAGCCCGUCGUCGGUUAAACGUAGAGCUGUGAAUAAGGCAGCGCGUAGGCAGUGUUUCAGUCACCAGUAGCGUCACGGAAGUUCGAAUCAGUAAGGAAGCUAGGAUUUAAGGCUAUAGUGUUGCUCCCGACGAAGAUAGUGGCUUAGUUUUGCUGAGCAUAUUGCAGUUUUUCUUACCGCCACCGCACUGAAAUACCGGAAGAACUGACAACGGAUUCACACCACGGACUAAGGAGUGUUUUGUACCUUAGUAAGCGGAGACAGUGAGAGAGAAAGAGGGAGAGCGUCUGCCCGGUGGAAGGAAUUCCGCCGACUAAAACCGACAGUGAUUGUUGAACCGAUGAAAACAGGUGGUUUACACGCUUUAACGUUACGGAUGCUACAGUUUCUACCCUUUUCGCUUGCUCUGCUGGUGGGCACGGGCAGUCUCAGCUGUGGAGUGUCCAUUUGUGGCGUUGCCCCGGAGGGCGGAUCGGACUGUAUAUAUAUACUAGGGACACGUUUGUGUCCAUGGGAGUAGGAAACAAAGAAACGCAAACCAAACCUUUCAGUGUGUGGGGAAAAAGCGCCCGCUCGAGGGGUCUUUACCAUCCGUGCACCCCACGGAAUGUAACCACCACCAGCACGGAGCAUCCUUAUUGGCAGCAAACAAUAUAUUUCGCACGUGUGUGCAUGUGUGAAACAAGUGUGUGUGUGUGUGUGGAUCGAUUGUAGGGAUUAUAACAACAAACACUGUAGCAUUAUUUGUGGGUUAUUUAGUGUAUAACAAGUUUCGUUUAAGAAAAAGAUAACAAAAAAACAACACCGUCAGAGGGAAACCCGUUUUGGACCUUGAUUUGACCACACACGGUCGUGCCGUUUACUUAAUACGCCCAACGUUUGCUCAUUAUUCAACAGCGCAACACACAAACCGAUCGUAGCCAGCCGCGAUACGUAUUUCCGCGGUUGCUAUGUUUUGUGUCUGCACCGCGUGUGCUUUAAGGAGAACCGCGUGGAUAGUCCCCCGUUGUCCCGUCACGACUUCGGACGGAGAGAGAGUUGUGAAGGUUUUCGAUUUCUUUUCGAAUAGACUACGACAGCAGCAAUAAAAUGGAAGAAAUGGUCAACCAUUA